AUGGCAAACGUCUUUCCAGUCAAUUUCUUCAGUGAAGGUGGCCUUAGCCCCCAGGAGGAGGAUGAACGCAAAGCUAUUGGUUACCUAGCUAUAGAGUUUGGUACCAACUUUGCAGAGCAAUUCCGUCUGCCUUUUGUUACAGACGGUGAGAGCAGCGACAGCAAUGACAGCAACCCCAGCAACCCCAGCGAGGCAGAAGAGGCCGACGACACGCCAUCUUCUGCUUACUGCCCCAUCUGCCUGAGGACAAGCGAGCUUCUCGACUGUCAACUGUGCAGAGAGAUCGCCUACUGCUCUGAGGAGUGCCAGAGACAGGACUGGCCCAUCCACAGGACCCUCUGCGGCCAGGUCCCCGUCUACAACGCGACCCACCGCUUGGGCGAGCACCGCCGCGGCAUCAUUUUCUCAGCCGACGACGACAUCACUGGCAGGCCUGCUGAGAGCCCUCACCUCAUCUGGGUCACCCAGGACGAGCUCGCCUCAUUCUUUCCGCCAACCGAUGAGUACGAGGGCGCUGACUACGACAAGAAAUGGAUGGGCCGCAGCCAAGUCGUCGCGACCCAGCGUCUACGCGUGGUGUUCUCGUCAGACCCCCAGGAAGGCCGGCGAAACUCUUGUCUCGCCAAUACCAUCGGCGACAGGUUCAACAUUCUAGACUGGCGUGGCAAUGUCUGUGUCUUUGGUUACUCCGGCGAUGUGACCAUGCGAGACUUCCGCGCCAUCGUCGACUUCUUGCAGUGUUGGCCACACAACUUUGCUCUGGUCGACCCUACUCGCUACUCUGGGCCCACCAUCGCCGGUGUAUGGGCGCGUGCGCAGCCUUGGGUCGAUGGCGUUGUGGCCACUGAGCGAGAACUGGCGGAGAUGCACAUGACCACAGCCAUGGCGGACAAGAAGGUCAAACUUCCCCUGCAUAUCCUCGACGAGGUGCUGCCAAUCGACGCUCUCGUCUCAGGCACCCUGCCUGACCUUUGCCUACGUGCUCGGACCAGUUACCACAACCAUCUCCUCAAGAUCCAGAUAAGCAUGCGGAUGAACCGCCAGGUCGAGCUCCCAGUCCGCGGCAUCAUGCUGGGGCCUAUCAUGUACGUCCGGAACGACGGCAGACCCCUCCUGCAGAGGCACUUCGAGGUCCUGGAGUUGUUCGUGAUGGAGAAGGUUCGCCGCCUCGCCAACACGGCCGGAAGGUCUGAAGCGGAGCUCUGGACUUUGCGCGAGGAACGCAACCCUGUUGCGGUUCGCAGGGAGGACCUGCUGCCGGAGCUGACGGUGGCCGAGUUCCGACAGUUCUGGACGGACUACUGUCGCGACAAUGGGUUGGGCGAGGAGGAACCCUGCCCUGUGGAUCUUUGA